AUGGUAGCGGCAAACAGACUGGCAGCAGAAUCGACAAGGAUGGGAGUCACCGGCACAGCACAGAGCCGAAGCGCCUCUUCGGCCGGCAAGGCAAAGAUCAAGGUCAAGAACCCAGUGGUCGAGCUCGAUGGAGAUGAGAUGACCAGGAUAAUAUGGCAAGACAUCAAGGACAAAUUCAUCUAUCCAUACCUCGACAUUGACCUGAAAUACUAUGAUCUGGGCCUACCCUACCGGGAUGAGACCGACGAUCAAGUCACCGUGGACGCCGCCGAAGCCAUCAAGAAAUACGCCGUGGGAGUCAAAUGCGCCACCAUCACACCAGAUGAAGCGCGUGUGAAGGAAUUCAAUCUGAAGAAGAUGUGGUUGUCUCCCAACGGGACCAUUCGAAACAUUCUCGGAGGCACCGUCUUCCGUGAACCGAUCGUGAUCCCACGCAUCCCCCGUCUUGUCCCCGGCUGGCAACAGCCCAUCAUCAUUGGCCGUCAUGCCUUUGGCGACCAAUAUCGCGCCAAAGAUGAAGUGUACCGCGAAGCCGGCACGCUGGAACUGGUCUUCACCCCCGAGAAGGGCGGCGAACAACAGCGGAUCAAGGUCUUCGACUUCCCCGCAACCGGCGGUGUUGCUCAGGCCCAGUACAAUACAGAUGACAGCAUCACGGGGUUUGCGCACGCGAGUUUCAAGUUCGCCCUGGGCAGAGGAUACCCCCUGUACAUGAGCACGAAGAACACGAUUCUCAAGAAGUACGACGGUCGCUUCAAGGAUAUCUUCCAGGAGAUCUACGACAACGAGUACAAGGAACAAUUCGAGGCCAAGAAGAUCUGGUAUGAGCACCGUCUGAUCGACGACAUGGUGGCCCAGAUGAUCAAGUCGGAGGGUGGCUUCGUCAUUGCGAUGAAGAACUACGAUGGCGAUGUCCAGUCCGACAUUGUCGCGCAGGGCUUUGGGUCUCUGGGCCUGAUGACUUCGCAGCUCAUCUCGCCAGAUGGCUUGACGUACGAAUCCGAAGCCGCCCACGGCACGGUGACGAGACAUUACCGGGAACACCAGAAGGGUCGCGAGACCUCGACCAACCCCAUUGCCAGCAUCUUUGCCUGGACCCGAGGGCUCGUCAAACGUGGCCAACUCGACGACACCCCUGAGCUGGUGACCUGGGCCGAGUCCCUGGAGAAGGCGGUCAUCGACACAGUCAACGAGGAUGGUGUCAUGACCAAAGAUCUGGCAUUGGCAUGUGGCCGGAAGGACCGCGAAGCUUGGGUGACGACGACCAAGUUCAUGGAGGCGAUUGAGAGCCGCUUCAAGAAGAACCUGGAGAGCGAGGGUCUCGGAGAAGUCGCGGCCGAGAAGUAG